CGAAAACGAUGACAACGUGUCAAGAACUAUUUCAGUCGAAGUUGGUACCAUAAGCGCAGAAGAAGACAUUAAGACGUUGCUCACUCCUACCAAAAUGUGUACAUGUACGGACGAAAUGUUAAAGAAGAAUAAAUUCAUAAAGUCCCUUGCCGACUCGACGAAGAUAAUCGAGGGAAGAGUCGAAGUCAAGAUGCCAUGGAAGGAAGGUGGACCACCGCGCCAAAGUAACUACAGCAUCACAUAUCAAAGAAUGCUUUCAUCCGAAAAAACCUUUAGAAAUAAAAAGUGCUUCUACGAAAUCGAAACAGAAGUACAGAAGUUGGUAGAACAAGCCUUCGUUAUUGAAGUACCGACAGAUCAAGUCGACCACAACAAACCUGAAUGGUACCUCCCGAUGCAGGCAGUAUUUACCCCGGAACGUUUGACUAAAAUACGUUUAGUUUUCGAUGCUUCCGCAAAAGGUCCAGACAACAAAUCCCUAAAUGAUUAUCUAGAAAAGGGUCCAAAUUACAUUAAUAAUAUUCAAGAUGUCUUGAUGGCGUGGAGAUAGGACCAUGUAGGAUACUGCGGCGACUUACGAAAGAUGUUUAACCAAAUUAUGAUACAUCCCGAAGACCAGAUAUACCACCGAUUCUUGUUCCGAAAAAAAUCAAGACGAAGAUCCUAAGAUUUUUCAAUGGGUAUGGUUGAAUUUUGGAGACAAAGCCAUACCAGACAUUGCUACAGGAUCGAUUAAUGUAUUGGCUAAAGCCCACCAAGAAGUUUUACCCGAAGCCUCCCAACAACUGCAAGACAACGUUUAUGGCGAUGAUAUCGGUGGCUCAGCCCCAACUCCCGAAAAAAACAAGAAAAUUACUGCGGAUAUCGACAUCAUUCUAAGCACAGGGAAUUUCGAGGUCAAAUCGUGGAAUUCUAAUCACAAAGAAGUCGACAAGUCAAACGAAAAGUGCACUACCUUCCUCGGGCAUAAGUGGAAUAAAGAAAUUGAUGUAUUUACAUUCAAGAAAGAGUUCGAUAUCAGACCAGAAGGAAUAUUCACUAAACGAAGAUGUCUAUCCCUUGUAUCACAACUUUGGGAUCCCCUCAGGCUGGUCUUGCCCGUAAUGAUAAAGUUUAGAGUGGAUCUCCAAGAUUUGUGGGCAUCAGGCUUUUCGUGGGAUGAAGACCUACCAGAUGCCAUCCAAAGUUAA